GGGGCCCGGAGCGCGGGCCCAGCACACCACCGCGGGAAGCCGGCUGCAGCCCAAGGCCGGGCGGACGGUGCGUCAGCAUCUCCCGUUCAAAAUGCCCGAGCAAAGCAAUGACUACCGGGUUGUGGUGUUUGGAGCCGGUGGCGUGGGCAAGAGCUCCCUGGUUCUGCGCUUUGUGAAGGGGACGUUCCGGGACACCUACAUCCCCACCAUUGAGGACACCUACCGGCAGGUCAUCAGCUGCGACAAGAGCGUCUGCACCCUGCAGAUCACCGACACCACGGGUAGCCACCAGUUUCCAGCCAUGCAGCGCCUCUCCAUCUCCAAAGGCCAUGCCUUCAUCCUGGUCUUCUCCGUCACCAGCAAGCAGUCCCUGGAGGAGCUGAAGCCCAUCUACCAGCAGAUCCUGCAGAUCAAGGGCAGUGUGGACACCAUCCCCAUCAUGCUGGUGGGUAACAAGUGUGAUGAGACCCAGCGGGAGGUGGAGACCAAGGAAGGGGAGGCCAUGGCCAAGGAGUGGAAGUGCGCCUUCAUGGAGACCUCGGCGAAGAUGAACUACAAUGUCAAGGAGCUCUUCCAGGAGCUGCUCAACCUGGAGAAAAGGAGGAACAUGAGCCUGAACAUCGAUGGCAAGCGGUCCAACAAGCAGAAGAGGACAGACAAAAUCAAGGGAAAAUGCAGCCUUAUGUAAAGCACCGGACUGUCCCUCGUCUCUUCUCCGCCCUACAAGUUAAACGUCGGCGUUGCCCUCCUGUCUCCCCCACUCCUCCCCCUCACUACAUCUUAUCACUGUGACUGCUCUGGGGACUGUUUCCCUUUCCGAUUCCACGCUUGGUAUGUUCCCCUCACCUGGCGACCAGGGCCAUGGUCUCGCUCUCUGGAAGGGGAAUAUGCAAUACUGGGGGCUGGGGCUGGAUCGCACACGUGCAUUUGGGUUUCGUUUGUUUGCAGCGAGACGAGGGACGCGUGGGGGAAGCCAAGGAAACGCCGCAGGAAGAAGACUCUCGAUCAACAUUUUCUCUCUUCUCUUCCCCACUCUCUGGCUUUUGACUCUGUCUCUGGGUGCAGCCUGCGGGGAGACCUGUCUGAGCCUUGGCAUGGAUACUCAGCCCUUCACAGAUACACUCAUGUAUUCCAGCACGAACUGAACAGAGAGUGCUGCUAACACAGACAACUUUUAGCUCGGGCAUAGUGAGGCAUCAUUUGGUUCCCUAACGCCGCCGAGACCCCAAAUCUACAAGGGAGGGGUAAGAGGCUGCUCUCAAGCCCUCAUCAGACCCUUCCUUACCAGUCAGAGGAACACACACAAUUCCCAAAGGGGUGAUCUGAUGUACAUCGCUUAACUGGAGACUUUGAAGGACUAGCAACGCGCUUUGUGCGUCCAGGCUGGAACACAAUCCCAAGGUCACCGCGGCCUUGCUGGGGAUGGGGACGCUUUCAGGUUGUUUACCCAAGUUCCAAGAGAUGCUGGUUAAUCAAUGAGGAUCUGCACAAGGACCUGGAAGCUGACAAGGACAGCUGGGGCGGGUACGAUACCCCACUGGGCAGUGGCACUCAAAGAAGGGGUAUCUAUAUUGUCGAAUGUCCUGGCUAUUUGAACAGUGGGAGAUACUGAAAACCAAAAUGCAUGUGCUCAGCCCAAGGAGGAUUUUAGCUGGCCAUGGCCAAGUUAAAGAGAACGAGACACUAGCCUAGGAGGAGUGACCAGGAAUGGGAAAGCAGCGAGAUGAGACAGAACCCAGCUGGAAGAGAGUUAUUUACGCCGAGGCAGCUGUGAGGUGGGAUGAGGGCAGGGUGUCCAGAGAGAAGUGAUCCCUUUCUCAUCCCCAGGAUUUGCCUUUUUCUUUUGUUGUUGCCAAAAUGCCAAGUGGCACCAGCGCAGCGUGAGAGGUCGGUAGUGCAGAGGUGGCUAAAAGAAUAGCACAUACCUAGCCAGCAGUGAGGGCGAAAGGGCUGGAGGUGAAGGAGGAGGGGUGAGCGCCAGCACCUUGAUGAUGUUUUGGACGCAGUGUGGAGCUGGUGGGAUUUUCAGGACAUUGAGGGAUGAGGGGCAAACUGAUGGGCCAGGCCAGGCUAUGCCAGGCUGGACUGGGCUAGGCUGGGUUGGGGCAUGCAUAGCAGUGCUAGGUUUGGUAAGAAUCUCAGCCUGAAGUGGAAAGUGUCACUGGGUGCUGCCUUUGGAACAUCUGCCCCUAGCACCACUGUCUGUGCAAACAUCUGCCCCUAGCACCGCUGUCUGUGCAAACAGUGUAUUUCCGGGUGGAAGCAGGCAGCCCUUGGCGCACAACAGCUGGUAGUGGUGGUGCAAAACAGGCUCUGGUGCACACACAGUGGGUGGGGGUGCGAGGCAAGCAUAUGCACGCAAAAACUGGACCCGCAGGCUUGAUUGCCCGUUGGUGCUUGCACUAAUGCCUGUUCUGCGCACACACGGUUUCCACACUUCCCCUUUUGCACGCACAGUGCCCUGUUUUUGCAUGUGGACUAGGGGCCUGCUUUGCAAAUCCAGCUAGAGAUGUCUGAAUCCCGAGCUGCUUCCUAGCCUUCCUCCCCCAGCGGCCACAGACUCUGCAGAGGGCCAUGGUCCAGCUCUGUGACAUCUGAAUCAGGAGCCAGGGGGAGGGGAAACCUUUGCACUUAAACCCUCUUACCAGAGUG